CGUCUUUUUGUAACGUUCUUGAAGGUUCUCUGCCAAAACGACAACUUUUAAUUUUCAUCGCUUGCACAAAACGCGAAUCGCCGCAUUCAAAAUAAGAAUUUUCUUUUGAAAUCUCGUAGUAAAAAGCCACAAAAAUGUCUUUUUUGAGCAGAGCAUUGUUAAGAAACUUGCCAACGGUGACCAAAAAUUUCGCAUAUUCGCGUGCGAUUAGCACAACGUCGUACUUGGCAUGUUGCAAGGCUCACGUUCAAAAGCCGGCGCCAGCGUUCAAGGGACAAGCGGUCGUCAAUCAGGAGUUUAAAGAGAUCCAACUGAGCGAUUACAAGGGGAAAUAUUUGGUUUUGUUCUUCUAUCCCUUGGAUUUUACAUUUGUCUGUCCCACGGAAAUUAUCGCCUUCAGUGAUCGCAUUCAAGAAUUUAAGGCACUUGGCGCCGAAGUCGUUGGUGUUUCGGUGGAUUCGCACUUUAGUCACUUGGCAUGGGUCAACACGCCACGCAAAGAAGGCGGCCUUGGCAAGAUGGAAUAUCCUCUUUUGGCGGAUUUGACGAAGAAUAUCUCGCGCGAUUACGGAGUUUUGUUGGAAGACGCGGGAAUUUCGCUCCGUGGCUUGUUCAUUAUCGAUCCAAAAGGCGUCGUGCGUCAAAUUACGAUCAAUGAUUUGCCCGUGGGACGAAGUGUCGAUGAAACGUUGCGUUUAAUCAAGGCAUUUAAGUUUACGGAUGAGCAUGGGGAAGUUUGUCCAGCUAAUUGGGAUCCGGAAAAGAACAAGGACACAAUUAAGCCGAGCGUGAAGGAGUCCAAGAGUUAUUUUAACAAACAUGGUUAAAGGAAAUUUCUUUAUUAGAAUAGAAUUUUUGUGGAGUAAACGAAUUUUCGGUGAACGUAGA